AAAACCAAACAAAAUUGAAUUUGAAAGUUAAUGAACGGCGGUGCUCAAAUCUUGAUACAAUAAAUUUCAAAUUUAAAUACAAAUAAUUAGUUCAAAAGAUUCAAAAGACACACGCAACUUAAUAUUAAAUACAGAGUUAUUGUAUUUAAAUUAUAUUUAUCAGAAAAUAAAGUUGUUUUUGGUAGAAAAAAGGAUUUCAAAAUGGGACUUGCAAACCAUCUUACUUCAGAUGCGUCUCGCAAUCUAAAUAAUUUAGCGAGGAACAUUUCACCAAUUGUGUCUGAUGUUAUGGACGAAGAUGAAGAUUUUAAUCCAAGUGAUGAACUCGAUUACGAAAGCGAAAACGAAUAUGAAAGAGGAAUGAAUUUAACAAGGAGUAUGCAAAGAUCUUUGGAAUUAAAAUUGGACAAAAUUAUAGCCCAAAAUGAAUUGAUAUUGCAACAAAAUCGAGAAAUUUUAAAACUGGCCAAAGCUAGGACAUUAGUGGUACCCGAUGAUGAUGAUGAAGCUGAGGAUCAAGCCUCCUCUGAUUCAUCCUAAAGAAACUUCUUUUUUUUAAGUUUAUAUUGAGCCUUUAAUUACGUACAUCUCAAUGAAUAUGUAUUUGUUUGAAUAAGCUUCUAAAUAGUGCCACUGGAGGUUUCUUAAAUUUUAUUUAUUACCUUAUAAACUUUACUUUAUUAACUUUUUAAGAACUGUUAAUGUUUUGUCUUUUUUCCGGACCAAAUAAAUUAAUCAAACUUAAAACAUA